AUGCAUGUGAAUAACCUUCCACCGACGGGUAGCCAUGUCGCUCCACAUGCUCACCCCUCGCUCGUGGAAUCUGGGCCGGCCUGCAAUCCAACCCAACGCCUCGAAGAUUUGGCCCUUAGUCUGCCUCUGCAGGUGGACCUUGAAGGGCUCGCUGCCUCUGGACAAAACGAUGUGCACAGCAUGUACCAUCCUCGCGUGAGAAGAUCUGUCUCAGCCAGUCAAGUUCCAAAGAAGGUUGACAUAAGCACAGCAAUGGAGCACGUCGACAUCGUCACUUGUUGGAAGGGUCUCUCCCAUCCACAAGCGUGCGAGCUCGCCUUCUGGGAACACGCGUUCCGAGAUUGCAUCAGGCUGCAAAUUGAGGGCUUUCUGAGGACCCUAAUUGCCUCACAAGUCGGGCAAGACCAAAGGCCUGCUGACGAUUUCUUGCUUCUCUUCGAUAUCAAUGAGCGUCUUGCUAACGCGGGCUCCCACGCAGUCAAGAUUGACAGCAAUGCGCUCAUCGAUAGCAUGAUGGAUCUCUUCUAUCAUGAAGCUCCUUUCCGCCCAGGGGGCUCUUUCGACUGGGGGAUCAGUUCUGAAAAUCUUCCCCGGUUUCUCUGCAAUCUCGUCUGUACGCAAGACUGCUUCGUCCAGGGUGCGGAUGGGCCCAUGAUUCUCAUUGACCAAAUCGCUCACGACUAUGGCCAUCCAAUCUUCAACAUCACUGCUAAGUUGGCAUGGUCUGCACCUAGGGUUAGAUUCGAUAACGUUCCUUCCUGUGUUAAGCCUGAAGAGGAGUACCGCAUCACGCCCGUAUUUGUGGAGCCAGCCUCAUUAUUCGAUGCGUCUACUUGUGAACCAUACCCAGAUCGCUUCCAUUACACGGUGACUCGUUCAAAUUCUGUGGCUCGGUGGGAUGCUGAUGCACGCUGCUUUCGCAUGUCCCCUUUGGGCAGCAUCACGGAGACGUGCGAGACACAUAUGACUGUUACUGUAGUCACCUCUUUUCCAGGCAGCGUCCGCUUUGAGCGUUGCUCACGAUAUCGCAUAAACGUCAACGUAACACCCCCCGACGCAUCGUCGGAUGCCCUAUUCUUGCAAGAAUCUUCACAACGAAGCCUGCAAUCAUCUGCGACGAAAUCUGGUGUACCCUUAUCCUUCAGCAGACUGUCCUCUGAAACUCCUUCGGUCAGCUCGGAUUCUGCAGAGCAGUUCUCGCAAAAUCAUUUGGUUCACUAUCUCGACUCCAUUGCCGGCCUGCAAAACAGCACAUCGCGUGCAGACCUACAUCCGCCUUCUGACGCAUCAGUUUCUGACGCAUCAGUUGGCACCGUGUGCCGAAAGCGCAAAGCUCCCUUGCAAGAGCCUAGUUCUGGUGACAUCCUCCUGUACUUGUCCCAUCGCGAAGACAGCUUCUCUUGUGAGAUGGCUUCAGAUGGCUCUAAGAAGCGCCAUAGAGCCGACUCCAAUGGCGAUGUCGAAUCUGAGGAGUAUUCUGGCUCGCCAUCAGGGGAGUCGGAGAUGGCCACGGUCGCCAGCGGUUCGAUCUUCCGCCCCAGCAACAAGUCUGACGGCCGCAACGCUGGCCGUGUGAAGCGCGCCCGUCUCGUUCCUGCAAACUCCGACAAAGUCGAGGUUACGAACCGCCCCGAUUCGAUGCAAUCCGUAGCAUCGAGCUUCUCUGGCGAGUCUAACCAGAACACACCAGACCCUGCCGGCCCACCCCAGUUCUUGCCCGUCAACUCUACUGAUGGCAACACAGACACCGCCAACGUGUCAACCGGUACCCGCGACCGGCACGACUCGAUGGAGCCCGAGCUGUGCCACCCCGUCCAAAAGCUCGAGGCCAGUAGCAUCCCACAGGCACAAAUUCAGCAGAACUUCCUCGAGCUGCUCGUCACGUCGUGUGGACCGCGGCACAACGACGACUACAUUGACGUCUUCACGGAUACUGAUGGCGAGGAUGGCGUCGACGACGAAAAGAUGUAG